GCAACCAGCAGACAGCUGCUUUGUUUCUCCAAAAGCAACGUCGACAGUGUUCGUUACCUACAAUUAAUACAUGUAGAAGGGAUUAUUCGAUUAUUUAAGGCAAAAGUAAGCACAAACGGUUAAACGGGUGACAGUUGAUAUGGUUAAAAAAAGAAACGGUCUUCUUUGAAAGCAUUUUAAUGUUUCGGUAGUUUCUCCGUUCGACAAGCUAAAUGUACGCUUUGGUGGACUAUCUAACAGAAGAUGAAGCUGAGAGAGCGGGUCUUCUUGCCAAACCCACCUGCUUCGUUAUAUUUGGAAGACCAGGUGUUGGGAAAACAACAUUGGCCAGAAACAUUGCAGUCUCUUGCAAGUGUAUUCUAAUUGAUGCAACAGAUAUGAUCAACACAUACAUUAAAACCAAAACCCAGGAAGGAAUAGAGCUUCUGAACAUCUUGAACGAGGGGAAAAGUGUCACAAACGAUGAGGUUGUGCAGUUGAUUCUUGACAGAAUUAACAAGCCCGAUGUUCAGCACUACGGCUACGUGCUGAGCUGCCUCCCUUAUGUAACAGAAGAUCCCCAAGAGAUCCAUGACCAGAUUGAAUUGAUCAAAAACCUCAAGCUGACGCCAGAUUUCAUCAUUAACAUCAAGUGUUCAGACAUUGACCUGGUCAAAAGGUUGUCUGGUCUGAAGCAGCAUCCAGAAACUGGGCAGCUACACAACCUGACUGUUUGGCAACAGGAAGAGGAGCUUCUCAGGAAGAGCAAGGAACAGGAGAUGGACGAUGCUGACGAAGAUUACGAGGAGGCUGAGGAGCAACCCCUCUCUAUGGAAAUAUUUGAACAGAUGGUGUGGUUACCAGAAUACCUGCCCCAAAAUAUUUUUGCUAAAAUCAGCACUUACAAGAACAUCCUGCUUAGACAGUUGGAGGACGUUUUUUCAGAACACAACCCCAUCUACCUCUUGGAACUAGACGGAAACGACCCACCUGGAGAACUGUACUUGUCUGUGAUGGCUCGUCUUGAAACUAUGGCUAUAAAGCCUGUCUCUGUUCCAAUCCUGCUCAGUCAACAUGUUGAGGAAGAACUAACAGACACCAUUUCCACAGAAGACCUUCUAAGAUACAUGACCUCCAUCAGAAUCGUGGCCCCUGGCUUUCGGUGGAGAAGAAGCCGCUGGGGUAGAAUUUGUCCAGUUGCUCUGAAGGAGGGCAACAUUAUUCAAGGAGAGAUAGAUUUGUGUGUAGGCUUUCAGGACAAGUUGUACAUACUUUCAUGUCAGGACGCCUACCACAAGUUUAUCGCAAAUCCACGCAGGUACCUACUGCCUCCAAUGCCCAGACCCCCUUGCAAGGUUGGCAUCAUUGGCUUUUCUCAGGCUGGAAAGAGCACCAUGUGCAGUCUUCUAGCUCAGCACUACGGUGCUGUGGUGCUCGAUUUAGAGGAGCUGAUAAAGCCAUUUUUAGCCAAGGCUGACCAGGAGAGGUUCGAAAAACUUAGAGACAUCACAACACCUGCUGUAAAGAGUAUGAGGAAGAAGAAGAAAUCGCGAGAAAGCGCUUCAGUGGCGAUGGAUAAUCCACAAGUAACUGCUCUGGUGCAACAAGCCAUUGAGGACGCGAAACAAAUGGCCAUACCGCCCUUUGAAAUGUAUGUUAAUGCUCUGAAAGAUCGAAUGGAAGAGAUAGAGAAAAUGAACUCCAAUUCUGAGGACAAAACAGGAUGGGUGCUUGACAACUUUCCCAAGAAUCUUUCUGAAAUGGAUGUCAUUCAGCAAGUCGGAACCCUGCCAGACACAAUCAUCUGUCUCCAAGACACUGAUAAACAUUACAUAAUGCAGAGAGUUUAUGAGAAGAAUAAGGAAAGCGUGGACAAAGAGAUUGAGAAAAGAUUACAGAGCCAACCGUGUCUGCGAAGUGAAACACUUUUCAAAGAAAAGGAGGAAGAAUCAGAGGCCCAGUCAGACCUACUGGCGAUUAUCGAAGAGGAAGAGGAAUUACCAGAAGGUAUGGAAAUUGAUUACGCCAGCAUUCCAGAGAUGAUGGAGUAUAGAGAGCAAAUUGAGAUAUUUGAGACGGAGUGGGAUCAAAUGCAAUCGAAUAUAACAGUAAGCCACUUCGAUGUUGAGAUUGGGAAAAAAAGCCCUGACGACUUGCUUCAAGAAAUUGUCAAAAAAAUGGAAAGACCAUUUCAGUAUGUGGCUUGGGAGUUUUCUUCAGUUGACCUGACCGAGGAGGAAGAAGAUCUGGAGGCCUUAGCAUUACUCGAAGAAGAAGAGAGUGAGGAAUCAGAAGAUGAAGACGACGAGGAAGAGGAUGUUGAACUAGCAAGCAGGAGGUUGUUGGGCGACACCAAGUAUUUCUGCCCUGUUGCCUUCAAAAGAAACAAUGUCCUGUGGCCAGUGACUGACAAAAUCUCAGCCAAGUACCGUGAAAGAACUUAUUACUUCUCCACCAUAGAGGCCAGAUACUCCUUCAUUGAAAAUCCUGGCGAAUUUGUUGCACAAGGAGAGCUCCUUAAGCCUCCUCCCUUGCGAAUCUUUAUGCUUGGCGCGAGAGGGUCAGGAAAAACGACUAAUGGUGAAUGGCUUGCAAAGCAACUCGGGCUUUUCCAUAUUCAGUUCAAAGAGCAACUGCAAAUGAAAAUUAUGGCCAAGACAUAUAACCCAGUUCCCUCUGCUGAUGAGGCCGUGUACCUAAAAAGUGAUACUGAGUAUGUGGAGGAGCAAAUAAGAGUAGAAAAGGGAGAGGAAGAGGAAACAGAAAAUAGAUCUGGCAACUUGAACAUUGAUGAGGAGAUGUUUUUGACUGAAGACGAAUUAGUCAUCAAAGCCUACCUAGCCGAGGGAGAGCCAUUGACUAAUCAAGUUUUGGAUAUGGUUAUUUUACCUUACUUUCAAGAAGAACCAUACAAGUCUGUAGGCUUCAUCAUGGAGGGUUUCCCCCAUGAUCCUGAGCAGGUGGACUUCAUGUUGGAACGACAGCUAUUCCCUGAUGUUGUUGUUGUCAUGGAAGUUGAAGCAACAGAUGUCCAAAGACGCCUGUUGCCAGGCUACCUUGAGAAGUGGCGCAUGCUCUACCACAAGCAUGAAGAACAGAUAAAACUUCUGCAACAUCUGCGGCAAAAAAAUCGAGAUGAAAUGAUCGCCAAGAGAACGGCUGAACUCAUAGAACUACAAGAGGCUGAUGAGUCCAGAUUUACCUUUAGGCACCAGAUGAAAGAAAAUGAGGAAGAAGCAGACGAUUCCACCAACAUGGAAGAGAUAGACGCUAUAUUGGAGGUGGAAUUUCCUGAAACAGGCUUCAAUGAGGACAUAGAGGAACAGGAGACUGAAGAGGCAGCGACUGAAUGGAUUGAGGAGGAAAUAGAAGACCGCUUUGAAAAGGACUCUGCAAAUAUUAUGUCUGUGAUGGAACUCAUCAGUGAAUAUCACAUACCCAAGCUGGAAUUCAAUGCAUCUCAAAAGCUAGAAAAAAUCCAGAAUCACAUGCUCCACAAAAUCAAGCCCAUGAUAACAAACAGGGAGUCACUUUUCCUAUCAUGUCAGCACGUCUCAUACAGACUCUCACACAAUCUGCUGCUCUACUCCUAUAAGCUUAACAGUGCCUUUGGCUGUGCAGACCCUGUCGAGCAAUACGACGAGGACAUAAUUCAUCCAAUCCAGUGGCCUCUAACUUCCUCAUAUUCCCUCAUCCUCAGUCCGUUUAUUUACUUUUUUCGAACCAAGGAAAACCGCAGCAAGUUCACACUGAACCCCUUAAAAUACCUUCGACAGCCAACGCCCACCACUUCCUUCCCUAUAAAAAUAGCAGUGACUGGACCUCCUAAAGCUGGAAAAACCACUGUGUCAAAAAUGUUUGCCGAUAAAUAUGGUUUAGCUCGGCUUUCCAUUGGGGCAGCAAUGCGUCUGGUGUUGAACUACAAGGCGCACACCAACCUCGCUGCAGAGAUGAAAAAGUAUCUCACACAGGGCCUUGUUGUGCCUGAUGAACUGGCUGUUCAGUGUCUGGGAGUGGCGCUCCUUAGCUCUGUAUGUAGCAUUCGAGGGUAUGUACUGGAUGGCUUUCCAAUGACCCUUCACCAGGUAGAACUCAUGGAGUCUCAGAACAUCAUACCCAUACUAGUAUUUGAGCUCCACAUCAGUACCGUAGAGGUCCUUCUGAGAGGCCUUUCUGACAAGAUGAACCCCAACAAGCCUUACCUAUUACAUGACAGCUCUGAGAUCCUGCACAGUUGGGAUUCGUCUUACAAGAAAGAGGUUGAACAUGUUAGGCCAUACUUCCAAGAACAGCAUCAGAACUGGUUCAUGCUCGAUGGCUCUAAAAACAAAUGGUGGCUGUGGAAAAAUAUUUUACAACAAGUCGACAUCAGUAUGAAAUGUGUGAAUUCCUACAUGAAGAGGAGAUAUAGUGGGAAAGCUGCCUGCAUAAACAGGCUGUGCAUCACACCCAAAGAGCUUAAUAGUCGCAUUGGGGAGUUUGGCCAUUACUGUCCUGUCUGCCUUGCUCUCUUCCAUCACCUGGAGGAUUGCUCAGAAACUGCAGACUUGACUCAUGCUGCUGAGUACAAAAAGUUGUAUUAUCGCCUAUGUGGUGGAAACCAUCUGGAGAUAUUCCUGUCAAAUCCUGACGAGUUUUUGGCGCCUUGUUGUCCAUACAACCUCCCUGGACCCCAUCUACUGCCAAGAAAGCUGACAGAGUUGCAGGUGAAAAACAAAUUCCCACAGCAGAUUGAGUUGAAGGGAUUCUGUCCUGUCACUUUCAAGGAUGGAAACCAGAGGUAUGAAGCACUGGUUCGAGGACUGAUGCAAUAUGCAGUGGAAUACAAGGAAAAACUUUACAUUUUUGAGACAAAAGAGAAGCAGCAGAAGUUCAUGAGGAUGCCUGAACUCUACUGUGACCAAAAGCUGCCCUGUAAGGUUCCUCCUCUUGAUGAGCCUGUUCCGCUCACUUCUCUUCCAACACUGGGCUACCUGGAACAGGGAGUGGCAGAAGCAGUGAUCAAAGCCAUGACAGCUGUUGGGUCUCUCAAACCAAAGUACCCUUUUGUCAGUGUAAAAAGAUCAGCUCUUGUGUAUGUGGCCUUCUAUUUGAAAGCUUUCAAUCAAAAGUCCACUGGCUGUCUUCGUCAGAAGUACAAGAAAAAACUUGCAUCAUUUGAAGAGAACUGUGAGCUCAUAACCUACCUCAGUUCAGCAAUGACAGGAGCCUAUAAACCUCCCGGCGAACGUCCCAUAGAUUUUGACUUUAAGCUCAACAGGUUUAUGGCACUGGGAGCUCCGGGAGCCACUGAUAGUCUGUAGCUACAUCUUUUCUGGGUGUUCUUUCAGCAUGGUCAUUUAGCAGUAGUGCAGUUCUGUGUAUGUGUAUGAAUAACAUUUUAAAUCUGUGACGUUUUAGAAAUGUGCAAUCUGUAAUUAAGCAUAUUUCUCUUUAAAUAAAAAACAUUGGCUUCGAUCAUUA